UUUGCCGUCAUGGCUAGCCAUAGACAACUUAUUUCAACAGAACUGAUUUAAGAUAGGAAAAAGGAGACAGAUUAUAAGCUCUUUAGUAGCCUCUUUGAAGAGUCUGAUUGCAAGGCUAUCAAGCACGCUGUGUUGUGAAUUUCCCAGACGGAUUGCAUUGCUGUGUGUACACAUUGUAGAUUUCUUUCCCGCCACGCACGCAGGGGCCACGCAGGACCACCGCCUUUUACUACGCCGUUUCCUGGACCCAAAUCGACAUUAUUGUACGGAACGUCAAUAUCCACGAAGCACCGAUGAACGACCUACGGAAAGCUUCCUCGACAAUUCAAACCGAGCCUCUCUCUUUAAAAAUCAAGAAAGAGCCAGAGGACCCGGAACUGAGCCCAAAUAACGGCCUGCACCUGAGCGACAUGGAACUGGUGCAGCUCACCGUCCGGGAGUUGAAUCGCCGGUUGCGCGGGCUCUCGAAGGAGGAGAUAAUGCGGCUGAAGCAGCGGCGACGGACGCUGAAAAACCGCGGGUACGCCGCCAGCUGCCGCACCAAGCGGCUCACGCAGAAGGAGGAGCUGGAGCGCCAGCAGCACGUGCUGAAGUCGGAGGUCGACAAGCUCACGCGGGAAAACACGGAAAUGAGAAUCGAGCUCCGAGCCAUGAGAACAAAGUACGAGGCCCUCCAGAACUUUGCCACGACGCUCCAGAAGAGCAACGGAAAUAUCCAGGCGGCGGUCGCGCUACUCCACUCGAACCACCGCGACAUGGAGGUCGACAUUCGAGAGCAAGAGCAUCCGAGCGACUUGCGUAUCAAACAAGACCGAGAUUGAGUUUUAGUCGGCGCUAUGUACAUAGACUGAGUGAUAUCCAGCCAAAUAUAUCUAUCCUCCUAAUGCAAUGAUGCCAAUAAUUUACUAAGAAAAUAUAAUUCUAAGAGAGUUUAUUUCACAUUAGCGAAUGUUUAUGAUAUGUAAUAUAUAUAUCUAUAUCUUUAUCAUAUACCUUACUUUUGUACAAAUGAAUUUGGAGAGGAGACGCUCGCUAGAGUUGUGUUAUUAUAAUAUUAAUAAGCUGCGUACUUCACUGCCUGGCAAGUGCGUACUAGUAGUAUUUAUUUUUGCCUGUGUUCUUGUUGUAUUCUGUGGUAAACUGUGGUUUGAUAUUGCUAUCUUGUAGUUUUGGUGUUGGAAAAGUUAAACUUACCCCCACAUCGUCCAUUCGGGCACAGGAGAUAGAAAUUGUAUGUUAACACGAUAGAGGAUUCAACGGUCGCACUGAAAAAUUAAAUCAAUAGUCCAUAUAAUGGAGCAGCCAUCAUACAGCCAUGUUAGUGAAAAUUUGAGAGGCACAUGUAUAGCAAUUGUUGAUUAACUUCAUUAGUUUGUGUUUUCAUUUGUGUUGUCUGAUCAUCUGUCAAUCAUAUUGCAACUGGUCCUAUCGCCAUGGAAACAGUCCAUAUUUGGAAGAAGCAGAACCUUUCAGUGUUUUUGAAAGGAAGAUCCUUUUUGAAAUAUGUAACAACACAGUUUAAGCUGGUGGGGUGGGAGGGGGGCAUUGCAUCCUUUUACAUGUGUGUUAGGCCUGGUGUUUUAAGUGUAUGAGCUCCUUCACCAUUCUGAAAACACAUGCAUAUUAAGGUCAAAGGUGAAAGCCCCUGACUUGUCAACAGUUCUCAGUGACUUAACCUUGUCUUAUUUGCAUAUUGACAAUAUCCAAGCAUUUUUGGUUAUGUCUCAUAGACCUUUACCUUUGACAUAUUACCAAAAAUUCAUGAUGUUGUGCAUGCGUACUCAAAAUGGUGGACAAACUUGAACAAGCUAAGCUACAUGUAAUAUACCUGUAGUAUACCUAAUUUUUGUUAGUCAAAUGCAAAAGGUACUUUCAAGGAAUAACCCACAGAUUUUGUGCUGUUUUCAGUGAAGCUAAAAAAUUUGUUUCAGUUGCUGCACUUUUUGUAAGACUUUGCUUUCUUUUCUGAAGAUAUUCUAAAUUGUAAUUUUUUAUCAAAUAUGUUUUAGUUUUUGUGGCAAAAUGAAAGUUAACAAAUUGAACAUGAACAUUUUUAUUUAUAUGUUUCUGAGCUGUGUAUUUUGUCCAAGAUUUUAUUCAAUAAUAUAUUCUAAGUAAGAUGAUUGUAAGCAAAAGAAGGGGAAAACGAUCAGUUGUUGUUUGGAUUUAUUGGCUUAGAAAUGUUCUAAUGUCGAAAAAGAAUGCCUUACUUCUCAUAUUGUUUUUUUUUUUCUUUUUAACAUCAAAUCUAUUUUUUCCAAAUUAUGAUCCAUGACAUUUCCAUAAAAUCUUGUUUUUGACCCCUUGGAAUGAAUCCACAGGACUUUUUCGAGCUCUAAACUUUUUCUGACAGAAAUUGUAAAAUGACUUGUUAAACUGAUACAGCAUAGUAGUAAUAGUCAGCUUGGACCUCACAUAGCAACAAAGUAGAAUUGGCUUCAAAAAUAGGAUUUGUAAAUUCUUCCCUGCGAUUCAGUAGAUAGCAACACAAGUGCCUUCCUCAUAUCGCACAAUAUCCUGUACACAGUUGCCCAUUCUUACAGUACCCAAUCACAGAUUUGCACAGUUAAUGCCACGUUCUCAUUCCCGAACAGGCCCGGUCACGCAGCUUUUUGGAACAAAAAGUAUGACGCAAAAGACAAGAAAACACACAAAAUGUAACAAAAAUAGUAAUGAGCUCAAUUGCGUAUUACACUUCUUUCAUCUGUCCGCAAAAGUUCCGGCCAGGCACUGGUUUGGGAAUGCGAAUGCAGCAUUACUAAAAUUGAUCAUGAUACGCGAAAAUUUUCAAGGGUAGAUUGCUUACACCCCCUCCAAGAAUGGUGUGUUCCACUAGUUUAAAACUUUCCAGUAGUACAUUUGGGACACACCAUUGAUUGGAAGGGGGGGUUGGUUUCAGCAAGCCAAUAAUUGUUCGUAUGUGGUAGUCCUUUAUUUUGUUAUAUGAAAAAUUACUAUAAUUCUUCUGCAUACUUAAUUGUAGAUCUGGUAAACAAAGGUGUUUGUAAAUAGGUAUAGAUACAAGCUUCUACAGGAAUGUUGGACAAAAAUGUAGGCAACCAUACAUACUGUUUUAAGAUUCAGUUUUCAGUUAGACUCCAUACACUGGGCAUUAGGUAGAUAACAUUUCACGUAGUUCGUUCUGAAUUCUAGCUAUUCACACUAGUUGACCUUUAUCUGCGGGGUAACCAAUGUCCAUUUUCAAAAACAUUUUAUCUGACUUUAAUUUUAGUUGGAUCCACUGUUGCACUACUGAAAUAUUGCAAUUUGAAACCAACAUCCGUCGACUUAAUAUUCCUCAAUACCCAGUUUUUAGAAAUAACGGAUAUAGUAUACCCCAUGGAUAAAGGUGAACUAGCGUUAGAACUGCACAGAGAAGUAGAAAAAGCACACGUGUACAUGUAUGUGUAUACGGUAUGCCAAUACAUAGGUGCAUAUAUAUACAUGGUCCUCCACCUAUUGUGUCUUUCAGUCCUGUACUAAGUACAGAGCCUAAAUGCGUUGGAGACUUUGCAACAGCUAAAUGCAAGUGUUGUAGAUAAUAUUGUGAUAAUGAUAAGGCGGAUAGAAUCUCUGCCUCGCGACCUCAGUGUGUUACGUUGACAUGUCUACAAUAAAGUUUAGGUCAUAAGUUA